AAACCUCAGAGGAAGAAGUUCAGUUUCACCACGCUCUCUGUUGUUGUUAUGUCGGUGUGCUGCCUUAAUACAAACGGUUAGACAAGUUUCUAAGAGAGAGAAAAUACAGAUUUUGAAUCAGUUCAGUAAAUACCUAUAACAUCCUCACAUUCGUGAGUUUUGAAGCGAGCAGGAAUAUCUGGAGGAGUUUAUCAUCUGAACUGAGAUCUGCUUCUGUGAAAAUUAUGUUUAUUAAAGAAGAGAGAAAAGAGAACACGAGUGAACCAGAAACCUGGAGAAUAAAACAAGAGGAUCCAGAAACCUGGAGAAUAAAACAUGAGGAACCAGAAACCUGGAGAAUAAAACAAGAGGAACCAGAAACCUGGAGAAUAAAACAAGAGGAUCCAGAAACCUGGAGAAUAAAACACGAGGAACCAGAAACCUGGAGAAUAAAACAAGAGGAACCAGAAACCUGGAGAAUAAAACAAGAGGAACCAGAAACCUGGAGAAUAAAACAAGAGGAACCAGAAACCAGGAGAAUAAAACAAGAGGAACCAGAAACCUGGAGAAUAAAACAAGAGGAACCAGAAACCUGCACAAUAAAACAAGAGGAACCAGAAACCUGCACAAUAAAACCAGAGGAACAAGGAGAGGUCAUUGAAGAAAAAGAGGAAAAUGAAGAAUCAAAUCAUCAAGAGAAGCAACAUGCAUGUGAUCAAUGCGGUAAAAUGUUUUUAUGGGCUUCACUUCUGAAGAAACACUUGAAAGUUCAUGCAAAGAAGCCGCAACAUUCAUGUCAUUUGUGUGGAAAGAGUUUUUUGCAUCUACAAAGUUUGAAAGAACAUCAGAAAAUACAUACUGGUGUGAGAGAGUACAUGUGCUUUGAGUGUGAAAAGACUUUUUGUUCAGUGAGCAGUUUAAAACUACAUGAGAAGAUCCACACUGGAGAGAAACCUUACAAGUGUUCACACUGUGACAUGAGAUUCAGUCAUUCAUCAAAUCUGAAAAAACAUGAGAGGAUUCACACUGGAGAGAAACCUUACAAGUGUUCACAGUGUGACAUGAGAUUCAGUCAAUCAUCAUAUCUGAAAACACAUGAGAGGAUCCACACUGGAGAGAAACCUUACAAGUGUUCACACUGUGACAUGAGAUUCAGUCGGUUAACACAUCUGAAAACACAUGAGAGCAUUCACACUGGAGAGAAACCGUAUAAGUGUUCACACUGUGACAAGAGAUUUAGUCGGUUAACACAUCUGAAAACACAUGAGAGGAUCCACACUGGAGAGAAACCUUACAAGUGUUCACACUGCGACAAGAGAUUCAGUGAUUCGGCACAUCUGAAAACACAUGAGAGGAUCCACACUGGAGAAAAACCUUACAAGUGUUCACACUGUGACAAGAGAUUUAAUGAUUCAACACAUCUGAAAACACAUGAGAGGAUCCACACUGGAGAGAAACCUUACAAGUGUUCACACUGUGACAAGAGAUUCAGUGUGUCAUCAAGUCUGAAAACACAUGAAAGGAUCCACACUGGAGAGAAACCUUAUAAGUGUUCACACUGUGACUGGAGAUGCAGUCAUUCAUCAAGUCUGAAAACACAUGAGAGGAUCCACACUGGAGAGAAACCUUACAAGUGUUCACACUGUGACAAGAGAUUCAGUGUGUCAUCAAGUCUGAAAACACAUAAGAAAAUUCACACUGGAGAGAAACCUUACAAGUGUUUACACUGUGACAAUCGAUUCAUUCAGUCAACAGAGCUGAAAACACAUGAGAGGAUUCACACUGGAGAGAAACCUUACAAGUGUUCACACUGUGACUGGAGAUUCAUUCGUAGAGGAAAUCUGAAAAGACAUGAGAAGAUUCACACUGGAGAGAAACCUUACAAGUGUUCACACUGUGACAAGAGAUUCAGUGGUGCAUCGAGUUUGAAAAGACAUGAGAAGAUUCACACUGGAGAGGAAGCACAUCAACGCAAUGUACGAGGGAAGUGUUCCAUUAAGUCAUCUGUUAUACACAGUCAUACAAAAAACAAUCACAGUAAGGCCCCGUACACGCGGAGACACAUUUAGUUGUAUAUGUAAAUAUUUUGUAUGGUAUACGUGUUUCGUCCAGACGGAUCCGGCAUUUUGGGAGAGUGAAUUCAUUUUUUUUUAAACCAGGUCCCAGAGUGGAUAAAUCUGAAAAUGACACCUUUUUUGUUUUUGUUUACUGCAAAUCCAUAUAUUUUGUUAGACAAUGAUGUCAUCACCCCACAUCUCUACUAUAGUCAGACACCGCUACAUCAUGUAACACCAACAACAAUGGAGGACUACAUGUUUGUGUUCAUGCUGCAGAUCUGCGCCUAUUAGCUUGAUUAAACUUACUAGUAGAGCUGCACGAUAUUGGAAAAAACAACACUCAUCGUGAUAAUUUUUCUCGGCAAUGUAUAUUGCGAUAUGGGAAAAAAAGCACCAGAUGACUUGAACAGCUCUAUUAGGGGAAAAAAAUAAUGAUUGGGGUAAUUUUGUAGGUGAAUAAAUAAUCUAAGAAAAUUACAAACAUAGAUAAAUAUGAUAGAAAAAUUGUACAUAUGAAAUAAAAGUCAUUUAUAUUCUUCAGUCCAACUGUUACUGUCUGUUACAGUUAAGUCUAAUACAUUACUGCUGCAUUACAUUGCUGACAGAAUGCAGUGUUUAUAAUCUAGAGAUUGUAAAGAGGAUGUAGCUCACGCACUGUCACGUCAAGUACCAGUGGAUUACAGACUUGCUCCCGCGGGACCCGAUGCAACAGAGAGCGGCGCAGGACAAGACUUGUGUGUGUGCAGGAUAGAGGAAAAUAUAAAAAGAAGUAUCUAAACAUAAAAAAUCUAAAACAAAUAAAUUGUUAUUCAUCUAUUGGACAAAAGCAAAAUGAACUCAUAUAAAAUAUAAACAAUUAACAGGUGCAAGCGUAUGCAGAGCUUCUAUUUAGGCUAUAACAGGGAUUGGUUUGUUGCACGAUGAGAUUGAUGCAAGCACACCUUUUGUGAAUAAAAGUUUCAUUUUGGCUAAGCGA